CUCGUCGGAGCGGCCGGCCGGCCAGCGCGAGGCCCGGCCCGCGGGGUGGGGGGGCGGCCCCGGCAGCUGCGCGGCGCCCAAGGACGACCGGGAAGGGGAGCGGCCGCGAUGGCGCGCCCGCGGCCCCGCGAGUACAAGGCGGGCGACCUGGUCUUCGCCAAGAUGAAGGGCUACCCGCACUGGCCGGCCCGGAUUGAUGAACUCCCAGAGGGAGCUGUGAAGCCUCCAGCAAACAAGUAUCCUAUCUUCUUUUUUGGCACCCAUGAAACUGCAUUUCUAGGUCCCAAAGACCUUUUUCCAUAUAAGGAAUACAAAGACAAGUUUGGAAAGUCAAACAAACGGAAAGGAUUUAAUGAAGGCUUGUGGGAAAUAGAAAAUAACCCAGGAGUAAAAUUUACUGGAUACCAGGCAAUUCAGCAACAGAGCUCUUCAGAAACUGAGGGAGAAGGUGGAAAUACUGCAGAUGCAAGCAGUGAGGAAGAAGGUGAUAGAGUAGAAGAAGAUGGAAAAGGCAAAAGAAAGAACGAGAAAGCAGGCUCCAAACGGAAAAAGUCAUACACUUCAAAGAAAUCCUCUAAACAGUCCCGGAAAUCUCCAGGAGAUGAAGAUGACAAGGACUGCAAAGAAGAGGAAAACAAAAGCAGCUCUGAAGGUGGAGAUGCCGGCAAUGACACGAGAAACACAACUUCAGACUUGCAGAAAACCAGUGAAGGGACCUAACUGCCAUAUGAAUGCUGCAUAUUAAGAGAAACCACAAGAAGGUUACACGUUUGGUUGUCCAAUAUUCUUGGAUUUGAUAUGAACCAACACAUAAUCCUUGUUGUCAUUGACAGAACCCCAGUUUGUAUGUACAUUAUUCACAUUCCUCUCUGUUGUGUUUUGGGGAAAAAAAAGACAUUUUAGCCUUUUUUAAGGUUAUUGAUUUAAUUUCAUGUUAUUUGGUUGCAUGAAGUUGCCCUUAACCACUAAGGAUUAUCAAGAUUUUUGCACAAAUUUAUACUUGUCUAGGAUCCUUUUAUCGAGGCAGUUAUGCUCAUCAUUCUGCUGCCUUUACUCCACCAUCAGCAAACACUCAGUUCAAUAGGAAUUAGCAUUUUUUUCAGAUGACCACUCAACAUAAUGCUUAAGGGAUUUUCUCUCUGUGACAGAACCCAAGAACCAAUUCCUAGAGACAUGACGUUGGCAUAUUGAAGGUGAAAUUAAAAUUGCCCUUCAGCUUUGAGGCCAUGUGUAAAGUUGAAUCAUACUGUAAAGUACCUAUUCCGUAUUAGAAAUAGCUAGUUGACGGCUUCUACUUCUCAAGACUCAUGUUGUCAUGUACACAAACUCAGUUUCUAUAUGUGAAGUUGGUGAGUCUUUUGUGUUACUCCAAAAUAAAGCAAUGAUUUAUUUUCUCCCAAUGCCGGUACAAUUUGAGCUAAUCCCUCAAGGUGGGUACGUUACGUUUUAAAGCCAGAGGCAGCAGUGGCCCUGUGGGAACCAGACAAAGCAUCAACUUUUAAACAUCGACUUUUCCAAUGAACUUGUUUUCUUUUGGAACUAGAACUAGAAUAGUUAACAUUCAUCCACAAACCCAUGAUUAUGUGUACAUUAUUGUUGCUAUUGUGAUAAUAGAGAAUUUUAUUUAUUUUUAUGCCAGCUUAUAUUGUGAGGACACAUUUAGUCAGUUUGGGUUUUAUCAAUCCUGUUAUGCUUGUCCUUGGACCAUCUUUCGCGUAUUCGAGGUUUGUAGUUGAAAAGUUUACUGUAAAAAAAAAAAUCAAAAACAAAAAAAUGUAUUGUUUUUACAGAAUAAAUUUAUUGGAAUGUGUACUGGGAGUAAGAUUUGAGGUUGUAAACUAAGUUAGUGUAAUUUGGCUUCAUAUAUGUAAUGUGAGGUAUUAAUGUAAUUCAUAUAUUAAAGCAAAAAUUGUUAACAGCAAGUUGACAAUAGAAUCAAGUGCA